AUGGACUUCUUGAUGACUGAUAAUUUAGGGAUGCAAAUAUCUUUGACAGGACGUGGAACGAAUAAUAAGAAGAAUGAAAAGAUGUCACUCAUUUCAUUAACAAUGUUUAAAUUGAUAACACGGGUAAUAUUGAAAAAUGUAUCCGGUUCAACAAUUACUAGUAUUAAUAAAGCGGUUACUGGGUGGUUAAAACAUGCCAAGGAAAGAAAUGGACGAAGAGAAUCAUCGUAG